AUAGUUGAAAAGCGUAGGCUUCAAUGGCGUCUUCGACUGUGCUCAGUAGGUUAUCGUCUCGUCUGCAACAUGUGGGGAUCAAACUCAACAAAGGCUCACUCUCAGCUGAUAUAUCACUGAUGAAAUUGAGCUCUCAGUCUGCCUCUUCCGCUAGACGCAUUUCUCGCAUGUCACGGUUACCUUUGGAGUUGAGCAGCGUGGAAUCAAUGAUGCCAUUGCACAGUGCUAUAGCCUCAGCUCGAUUGACAUCGAGCUUGUCGAUUGAGUCUCAGAGCUGGGGAUUAAUUCCUCAAGGCAUCUCAAUGCCUUUAUGACAAACCGAGAUGCAGCGAGUCAUUGAGAGGCAGAUUUUCUUUUGAGUAGGAAUGUAAGUCGCAUGUAGUCUUAUUUUCAUUUUGACUUCAAAAGUCCCGGAAUUGAAUGGUUUGUUGGUACUCUGAAGAUCUGCCUGUGCUGGUGUUGUUUAGCUCUCUGUUACCUUCCAUCUUUUAACUGUAUUUUUCUUUCCAAAGGUAUGAUGAAUUGUUAUCUGACUGUAAGAGGUUCCAUAGCACUUUGUAGCUUGGCCUUCUUUUCUUUUUUUUUGUUCUCAGUUACAUGUUUCUUACUUUAUUCCGGAUUUUUCAUUA